GGAGGCCUCGGAGAUGGAGCCGUGGGACAGGAAGCGGGUCUCCUCGGCCUGGUCCCACGAAGACAGGACGGAAGGACACAAAUUAAAACGAGGAAACGCCCAAGACUUGGUUCUUCCUCCCAAAUUAGACAGAUACAGGAUAGCAAAGCAAUUGACUGAAAAAGCCAUCAAGGAAAAGAAGAUUUUCUCUAUCUGUGGGCACUACCCCGUGGUCCGGGCGGCCCUGCGCAGGAAGGGCUGGGUGGAGAAGAAGUUCCACUUUCUGCCCAAGGCUGGUCUGCCUGGGGAGGAUGGACGUGAAGGGCUGACAGAGAGCAAAGGUGCUGAACCCAGAGAGAACCUGGACAUGACUUUGGACAGGACAGAGGACAUUCAUGACGUGAUGGCCCACAGGAUGCUGGGUACUGAGAGGGGGCUCUCUUGCCAGUCCAGGUUGGUUAAGAAUGAGGCCCCGUACUUCCUCUGGACCAUCAAGAGGGACGUUAUCGAUUUUCACAGCCUGAGCUGUGAGCAGAUGCUCAACCACUACGGGAAGACAGCCUCGUUCACCACCAAGAUCGGGCUGUGUAUGAGCAUGAGGAGUCUGCCCUGGUACGUCCAGGCGAAUCCCGACACCUUCUUCCCGCGCUGCUACAGCCUGUGCACUGCGAGCGAGAAGCAGGACUUCCUGGAUGACUUCCGGCGCACGGUGGCAUCCAGCAUCCUCAAGUGGGUUGUCAGCCACCAGAGCUGCAAGGCCAAGCCCAGGAGCAGGCCGGAGGAGGAGGAGGUGGCGGUGGGCGACAGUGACCCCAGCCGCAGGAAAGAUGCUGAGAACACUGGCGCCAAGUUGCCCAUUGGCCUUUCGGGGCAGCUCAUUGAUGCUGCAUGCAAGGUGUGCCAGGCCUACCUGGGGCAGGUGACACACGAGGAUAUCGACGUCCCCGAGGGUGACACCGAGCUGCUCACGGAGGAAGAGUGGAGUGACCUGAUGCAGCAGUACUACUCUCUUGUCCAUGGCGACGCCUUCAUCUCCAGUUCCCAGAACUACUUGUCCCAGUGCCAGAAUCUCCUGAACAGGAUCGCUUCCAUCAACCCACAGAUGGAGAUCGACGGGAUCCGGAACAUCUGGAUCAUUAAGCCUGCUGCGAAGUCGCGGGGCCGCGACAUCGUGUGCAUGGACCGCGUGGAGGAGAUCCUGGAUCUGGUGGCCGAGGACCCCCUCGCAACUAAGGACCACAAGUGGGUGGCGCAGAAGUACAUCGAGACGCCGCUGCUCAUCUACGACACCAAGUUUGACAUCCGGCAGUGGUUUCUCGUCACUGACUGGAACCCCCUGACCAUCUGGUUCUACAAGGAGAGCUACCUGCGCUUCUCCACACAGCGCUUCUCCCUGGACAAGCUGGACAGCGCCAUCCACCUGUGCAAUAACUCCAUCCAGAAGCACCUCAAGAAUGCCAAGGGCCGCAGCCCGCUGCUGCCCUGCCACAACAUGUGGACCAGCACCAAGUUCCAGGAGUACCUGCAGCGCCGGGGCCGCGGCAGCGUGUGGGGCAGCAUCAUCUACCCAUCCAUGAAGAGAGCCAUCGCCAACACCAUGCAGGUGGCCCAGGACCGUGUGGAGGCCCGCAGGAACAGCUUCGAGCUCUACGGGGCCGACUUCAUCCUGGGCAAGGACUUCCGGCCCUGGCUCAUCGAGAUCAACUCCAGCCCCACCAUGCACCCCUCCACGCCCGUCACCGCCCAGCUCUGCGCGCAGGUGCAGGAGGACACCCUCAAGGUGGUGGUGGAUCGCAAGCUGGACCGCAACUGUGACAUUGGCAACUUCGAGCUGCUCUGGAGACAGCCUAUUGUGGAGCUGCCCCCGUUCAGCGGCUCAGACCUCUGCGUGGAAGGGGUCAGCUUCAAGAAGGCACGCAAGCCGGGACUCUCCAUCUCGCCCCUGCGCGCGUCCGCGUCGCCCUCAAUGUGGCCGCCUGCCCCCGCGGGCAGCGCUCGCAGCGCCCCUGCAGCCCCUCCUCUGGAAGGCGCACCCAACCGCGCCCCGCGGCAGGAAGGUGGUGGACAGCACGCACCUCCAGCUGCCCAGAGCGCCAGCCUAGACGCUGCGCUCGUUCGCGGGCUCGCCUGUUCCUCCUGCGGCCGGGCCGGGCGGGAUCAGAGCGCCCAGCCCCACCGGGACAGCUCACCCACCGCCGCCCUGCCGCCCUUGCGCCUGUCCCUCGGGGUCCCGAGGGCGCGAGGGGUCAAGCUGUCUGGCCCCGGGUCCCACACCUGCCCGGCCCAGGCUGGUUCCACUGGGCUCCGAGGCGGUGGGGGUCCUGCCCAGUGCGGGCUGGGGGAGCCCAGGCUCCUCGACUGGACACUAAGGAAGUAUGCGAAGCCCACGCGGGUCCUGCCGUCUGGAGGAGGCUGCGGGCUGGGCUCCCGAGACGUCGCUGCUCCCUGCCUAGUGUGCUGCGGGCCCUUCCAGCCAGCGCAGCCCUGCAAGCGCUGCCGCUCCUUCUGCGCCGCGGUGUUGCAAGGCGCCUCCUUCGUGCCGCUGGGCGGUGGCCAGGGCGGACUGUGA